UCAUCUCGUGUCAGCCAUCUUGGCAAGGAGUGAACCUCGAGUACUUCAGUUAUUUUUUAAAGAAUUCCGUGCUAUUUCUCUUCAAAAUGUCGCGUGUUUUUAUCGGGCGACUUCCCCUAGAUGCUAGAGAAAGUGAUGUUGAUCGUUUUAUGCGAGGAUUUGGUCGAAUUCGUGACAUAACUCUCAAAAGAGGCUACGGAUUCGUGGAAUUUGAUGACUACAGAGAUGCAGAAGAUGCUAUCGAUGAUUUAAAUGGCAAAGAGAUUCUUGGAGAAAGAGUUACCCUUGAGAUGGCUAGAGGCCGUAGAGGUGGAGCUGGAGGUGGUGGUAGCAGAGGAGGAGGAGGAGGUGGAAGAGACAGGGGUGGAUUUUCCAGAAGAAGACCUGUCUGGCUAGAUAAGGGGAACCAAAGCAGGUCAUCUGGAUCGUAUGGUCCUCCCGUCAGAACAGGCUAUGUGGCUGUAGUAGAAAACCUUUCAAGCCGUACCAGCUGGCAGGAUCUGAAGGACUACUGCCGUAAAGCUGGCAAGGUCACCUAUGCUGAUGCACACAAGAGAAGAGUUGGUGAAGGGAUUGUUGAAUUUUCCUGCCGUGAGGACUUGAAUGCUGCAAUCAGUAAGCUUGAUGAUACAGAACUUGGGGGUAGAAGGAUAAGAAUCAUUGAGGACAAGAAUCGUGACUCUUCACCACGAAGAAGGCAUUCCCGAUCUCUAUCACGCUCACGUUCCCGCUCAAGAUCCCCAAAACGACGAUCAAGGUCUCGUUCAAAAUCCAGGAGUCGUUCAAGAUCACCAGCCAAGAGAUCCCCAAGAUCUAGAUCCAAAUCUCCUUCGAGAUCAAGAUCACGCUCAUACUCCCGCAGCCCUGUAGCUCGCUCAAGAUCAAGAUCACCACCUAUGCAGAACAAAGAUGACGGCCGUGACACUGAUUAAGCACAUCAUCGCUGAUGAUAUUCCUUUCUUUGUGAUAUUCAUUUAUACUCACUACUUAUAGAGCAAUCUGUGAUAAAUGUAUUGUUAAUGUUUUGUUUAAAGAUUGUUAGGGACUCGUAUUUUUUGUUGUAGGAGGCUUACAGAUUUUUAACUCAUUCAAAACCUUGAUUUUGAGGUUCACAUGGACUCUCCCCACUAAAAAAUUCAUCAAGGUAAUAAUUAGCAGUUUUUCAUGCCAGCUUGAAGCUUAAGAAGAUAUUUGCUGCCUGUCCAUAUUCGAUGAACCUCCUAUUAUCAUUAUGUUGCAAAGAAUUCAAAUUAUUAGUAGUCAUUUGAAAUCUUUAUUUACCCAAAAAGACCUAAAACAUUAAGUGAAAAUUAGGCACAGCAUAUUAUUUACAUGUAUUUGUCAUAGAAAUGAUAGGGCACCAAUGCCUUCAGAAGCAUUUACAUACAAAGCAUCACGAUACAUUGGGAAAGUGAUGUCUAUUGUGCAUUAAUUAUACACUAUUAACUGUUCCAAAUAUUUCAGUGUAUCCUAUGUACUGUACAUUGAUUGAUAUUAGAGAUGGGAAUGCAUGUAUAAAGUUGAGCCUUUAAUAAUAAGGGAAACGAGUGUUAUUUUAUAACAAUGUAAUGGAGCCAGCCAUUAUUAUUAAUCUUUGUUGUGCAUAAAUUGAAUAUCCUUUA